GUCUCAUGAUGGAGAUCAAUAACGCAAGAUGAGAAUUUGAAAGUGAAAACCCUAAAAGCGUUGAUCAAAUGUGAGUUGCAAUUCUACGAGGGCAUUUGAUAAAGAUUCGCAAUCAAAUACUCAGUUCAAGCUGAAUAUUCGAAAAGCAUGAGCCUCCAAAUUAGACUUCUCAUUUGACAAUUAUCAAAGCAAAGGAAGCUUCCUGAUCUUGGUGAUGGAAAUUUCAGAUUCCUAGUGGGUCAACUUUUCUCGUCAACACAUGAACUGAUGAAUCUAAAUUAAAUAAAUUGAUCAAAUAGUUGAGGAAGAAGAUCAGAAGACUCUCUCAAACUCAAGCCUUGCGGGCGUUGUUCUUUAUUUUGCAUGAUACUUGAAUAUUUCAUCAAUCACACAAGGAUGAGUUCAUAUUUGAAAGAAAGCAAAAGGCAGAAAAAGAAAACAUUUCUGAGGAAUGGAAAAAUUUUACUGGAAAAGUUGAUUGCGUCUUGUAAUGGUAAAUAUAAUCCAAUUCUUAGCUUCACUGAUAAAAAGAUCAAGAUGGCAACAAACAAUUAUGAUCAACAGAAUAAUAUAAUAUUAACCCUUGACUUUUCAUUGUAUAAAGGUUUUCUACAAGAUCGCCUGGUUUCUGUUGCGAAGUUUUCACCUAAUGUUCAUAUAACUAAUGAAGGCUUUUCUGCCGAACAACUCAAGAGAGCAACAAACAACUACAACAAAGAGAAAGUUAUAGAAUUUGAUUCAUUCAAGAUAUUGUACAAAGGAUUUUUGAGGAACCGCCCAGUUUUUGUUAUGCAGUUUUUAACACUUUUGAUACAGGAGACUUUUGCUGAUCGUAUUUAUCGUUCAUGUGAACCACAUUUCAAGCCUUUGUUAUUGACACAUAGGUUAAAGAUUGCUAUGAAGAUAGCUAAUGCUAUUGCAUAUCUCUAUUCCGGGUUCCCUCAACCCAUUAUUUUUAGAUCAAUCAAUCCAUUGACUAUUGUGUUCACUGAACAAUAUGUUGCCAAAUUGUUUGAUUUUUCAUACUCCAUGUCCAUCCCAGAAGGUGAAACUCACGUAGAGGAAAUGACAACUUAUAUUAUAGGACCAUCGGGAUCUUUUGUACGGACUAUUUUAGUUCACCGAGAUUCAAUGAAAAGACGUAGAAUGAUUGAUACUUUGGAAGUUGAAUCUUCUUUGGAGGAUCAUGUGAAGAAUUGCAUUGAGCAGAGCAGGUUUACUGAGAUGCUAUUGCUUGCUUUUACAGAGCUUGCCUUAAGUUGUCUUUCUCUUUCGGAAGAAGAUAGGCCAACAAUGAUUGAUGUUGCAAAACAACUCAGGCAAAUGUACAUAUUUGCUUGUCAAUUAAUGCCUAAAUUAUGCUCGUAA